GGUAAAUAAAUUAAAAUUGAAAUAAAUGUUAACAGAAAAUAAUAAACUGACAAAUAAUUUAAUAUGAAUAUAAACAAAUACAAAAAACAAGUAAUUUACAUUUUUAUUAAUUUUGUUCUAUUCAUGUGUAUAUUCAUUCAUUGUGUAAUUGAGGCUUUUUACUUUUUUAAAUUAUUAUUAUUAUUAUUAUUAUGAUAAAUACUCCUUUAUAUUCUAGAGAUAUAAUAUAUAAUAAUAAUAUUCAUAACUCGCGGUCACGUGACCCGCUCGCGCACGCCUCUCUUGUGAUGGUGCAGAUGACGCACUGAGCUUCAGAGUAAAGAUGGCUCCCUUUCCAGACGAGGUGGAUGUUUUUACUGGCCCACACUGGCGAAUGAAGCAGCUGGUCGGCCUAUACUGCGAAAAGCUUUCAAAAACCAACUUCUCCAACAACAACGACUUCCGCUCAUUUCUUCAGUCGCUGUGCGCCACCUUCAAGGAGUUCAAGAUGCACGAGCAGAUUGAGAACGAGUACAUCAUCGGCCUGUUGCAGGAGCGCUGCUGCACCGUGUACAACGUGCACUCUGACAACAAGCUCUCAGAGAUGCUGUCUCUCUUUGAAAAAGGCUUGCACAAUGUUAAGAGUGAAUAUGAGCAGCUGAACUACGCCCAGCAGCUGAAGGAGAGACUCGAAGCUUUCACUCAAGACUUCCUGCCCCACAUGAAGGAGGAAGAGGAGGUGUUUCAGCCCAUGCUGAUGCAGCACUUCACCUACGAGGAGCUGAAGGACAUCAAGAAGCAGGUGAUCGCUCAACACUGCAGCCAGCGCCAGUGGGACUGUGCGGAGGUGCUGAAGGGCUUCAGUCUGUGGAGCCAGGCCGAGGAGCUGCACAAAGCCUUCAAAUACGCCGACCACGAGAAGACGGAUUAUGAACUGGAGAAGAAGAGGAAUUCUUCCACCCACAUCUCCCAGCUUCCUGCCGAAAUCAUGCUGAGGCUGUUCCACUACCUGAGCCCAGGUGACCUGUGUCGCUGCAGUCAGGUGUGCAGCUCCUGGUCAGAGCUGGCUAAGACCGGCUCUCUGUGGAGGCACCUGUACCCCGUGCACUGGGCCAGAGGAGAUUAUUACAGUGGCCCCCCCGAGGACCUGGACCAGGAGCCAGAUGAUGAGUGGGUGAAGAGUCGGAAGAAGGAGGGUCGGGCCUAUCAGGAGUGGGACGAAGAUGCUGAUGUGGACGAGUCUGACGUGUCCGGUCACAGUCGGGGCUCGCUGGCGAUUAACACGGCUCAGCGGGAGAAGAAGCUUCUGAACGGGAUUAUCCAGAACCUGCUGCCGGCUGUGGGUCCAUCUGUCAAAUCCAUUGUUCUGGCGUACAGUUCUACAGUCUCCAGUAAAAUGGUGCGCCAGAUUCUCAGUUUCUGCCCCAACAUCAGUCACCUGGACCUGACGCAGACGGCCGUUACAGAUUGUGCAUUCGACAGCUGGUCGUCCCUCGGAGCGUGUCUCUCACUGGAGCACCUGGAUUUGUCCGGGUGUGAGAAGAUCACUGACCACACGAUGAAGAAGCUGUCUGUAGGGCUCGGCGACCUCACGUCCUCCAGCUGCUUUGACAAACGCUCGGAGCGACGAGCCAAGCUGCUCAAAAGUUCCCCACACCCCAUCACGCUGGUGGAGGAGAGAACCCUUCGCCCGGCGGGGAGGAAGCGGCAGGCCAUCAUCUUCAAGGCGGGGAGCGGCCGCUGGAGCGCUGCCUGCACGCCCACGCAGGUGUGGGUCCUGGACCCCGCAGACCUCGCUGAUAUCGAGGACGCUGCAGAGUGGAGCCGUCGCGGGGGGACGUCUCUCCCGGACGCAGAGAGCUUUGUAGAGACGCAGCUCGUGGAGAGCUCGUGCUGCUGCAGGAGGAGCAGGAGGAGCAGGAGGCGCGGGCCCAGGGUCGGCUCAAACGCCUCCUACCUGCAGCAGCAGUACGCUCUUUCUGGGGAAAUGUUUUGUGGUCACUCCACCUGCUGCACUAGUGACAUGGCCCUCAGGACUUUUACUGGGCCUCAGUGCAAGUCGGGCUCCACGGGAAGCGGCACUGCAGAGUUUCGGACUAAAUGCUCCUCAUUCCCGCAGUGUCCGGAGCGUGGACACAGGACUGAGUCGUCAGAGGCAAAGCGCUCGCUGAGGUUUCUCAGCCUCUCUGGAUGUUACCAAGUCACAGAUUUGGGCUUGAGGGCUCUGUCGCAGCGUGGAGGUCUUCCCUCUCUGGAGCAUCUCAACCUGUCCGGCUGCCUCCUGAUCACCGAGGUGGGGCUGCAGGAGCUGGUGUCCGCCUGUCCGUCCCUCAACGACGAGCAUUUCUAUUACUGCGACAACAUUAACGGUCCUCACGCAGACACGGCCAGCGGCUGCCAGAACCUGCAGUGUGGCUUCAGAGCCUGCUGCCGCUCAGGAGAGUGAAUCCUGAACGUCUGCUUUUUAUUGCACUUUAUUCUGGGAUUACUCAGUCGUCACUUCAAAGAUGUUUCUGGAUGAGACUGUAAUCUUGCUCCUGUUAUUUCCACUUCCUUCUAUAUUAAAUGGAAAUAAUCUAUAACGGAUUUGAAGUGUCGGAACAUUUACAUUCUGGUUCCUUUUGUUGGUUUGGAAAAUAAACAAGCUAGAAUCAUAAACACCAAGAAGUUAGUUAGAUAAACCUGUUUGUCACUAAAACUAUACGGAAUAUUAAACGUCUUGUUCCUGCUGUUCAUGACCAGGCCUGCAAUGAUCAGACAGAUAAAUAAUCUAUUAAUAAGUGUCUGAGUCUUUCCUGCACAAAUCUGGAGAUUUGCUGCUUCUCUCUGUUUUAUACCAUAUUAGUGACAGAACAAGACGUUUUAUAGACGGUAGAUCGAGAUCUAGAGGACAAUCUGCAGAUUAAGUGAUGAGCAAAAUAAUCGUUGGUUGCAGCCCAGUUUACUGCGUCACAGGAAGUGCUUCAUGAUGAUGCUGCGUCACAUGACACACAGGAAGUGCUUCAUGAUGAUGCUGCGUCACAUGACACACAGGAAGUGCUUCAUGAUGAUGAGGGCUGAUGAAGAGUGAUGACUUUACAUUUGUUCUUCACCUAUGAUCUGCAGCAGGAUGUUUGUUUAAGUCUUGCAUGAGGAGGAAGACGUUCUAUUGGAAAUGUUCAUAAACAGAAAAAUAAAAGUAUCUUGGGGUAAAAA